UAAAAUUGAUGCAUAAAUCAUCUAUAGCGGACUAUAAUUUAUAUCAUGAGUUCAAUUGUACUUGCAGCAGAACCAUUGCAGCCUGCACUCAAUGUUCAAGGCAAAGGAGUAUUUCAAAUUUCAAACGAAAAUGGCGAUAUCAUUGACGAAGUACCUGUGCCGGCCGAGAAUGCCUAUGCUGCAGAAUUGGAGAGAGCUCUCUUGCAGAAAAAUGAGCUGAUUAUCGAUUUUAGUAGUCUCAAAACAUGCCUGGAUCCAUUACGAGAACCUGCCGAAACCUCGUCCAACAAUAACGAAGAGUUUGAGUACAGGACGUUCAUUUACAAGACAUUCGACAAGAAGUACGACAAGUUUUCAUCCCUUGAACGUCUGGUCCUACGCAAGAUACCGAUGAUGAAUCCCACUCCUAAUUUAGCGGACUGGGACAAACAUACUCAGUUGUAUCACGGAGUGCUUCAACUGUCCUCCCUCACUGAACUGGAUCUCUCUGAGAAUGCUAUACACAAGGAACUGCAAUGCCAGCUACAGUUUUGGGGAUUGGAAAACCUGAAAAAGCUAGUGAUGGAUAGAAUGGGUUUGGAGACAUUCCCUGCAUCAGUUGGAAGGUUGAGAAAACUCGAGGUCCUCUCUCUUGCAAAAAAUCAGCUAACUGACUUGCCAGUCACCCUCCAGUUUUGCAAAAGUCUUCGCGUUUUGAAUCUCCAAGGGAAUAGAUUUAAACAGAUUCCAGCCGUCGUUUUACAUCUCGAGAAACUUGAAGAACUUACACGACUAGGAAACCCACUCACUCCGAUAUACAAUAUGUCCCCUCCUAGAUACACUCAACGGCAUGACUGUAAAACCGUGAAUACGGCACCGGCAGGCACGCCAGUGAAGUUUAACCCACGCAGUCUACAAGCACUGUGCACACAGACAAUCUUCUCAACUCAAGUCGACUAUUGGAAUCAAAUCUCGAUCGGCCCACUGCAAUGCAAAACUUUGGAUCAUAUGGCGGGAGAAUUUGCUCUGUGCGAGUGUUGCAAGAUGUGCGUCGUGAAUAGAGGAGGGGUCGGAGUUCAAGUGUUGCUUUUGGAGUUUGUUGAAUUGCGUGGAGUACCUUUUUUCUUCAAUGUUUGCAGCACAGAUUGCCGAGAUAAAACUAUGGAAAAAUACGGUGAUAAAAACAUUGCGAUUCAGAAAAUAAUCGAUGAGAAAUAUGAGAAAGAGAAAAGAGAAGCGGAAGCAACGUACAAGAGAAAUAAUGCUGGAGGGGACAUUUCAUCAGAGGCUGUUGACGUGAAUUCUCCGACCAGACGGAGGCACAGACGAAAGUGUGCCAUCAUGUGAUCCACUUCAUGACAUUCUAGCUACAUUUUAAUUGCCCAUUUUGUUUUUUUGUUUUUAUUUUUGUGUUCAUUCACAACAUGUAUGAUAUACUGGUAUACUUCUUGCGAUCAUAAUUAUACAACACUG